CGCUCUCUCUACCGUCGCCUUAGCGCUCUCCAUUUCGUUGCCUUCGCGCUUUCCCUACCGACGCCUUAGCGCUCUCCAUUUCGUCGCCUUAGCGCUCUCCCUCCCGUCGCCUGCGCGCUCUCCCUCCCGUCGCCUUCGUGCUCUCUCUCCCGUCGCCUUCGCGCUCUCCAUCCCGUCGCCCUUGCAAUCUCCCCUCCCAUCCGGUCGUUCCCUUCAUCUCCUCUCGCUCACGUCCUCCCCUCCCCUUGCCAUCCCAUCGUUCGCCUCCUCUCCCCUCCCAUCCCGUCGUUCGCCUCCUCUCCCCUCCCAUCCCGUCGUUCGCCUCCUCUCCCCUCCCAUCCCGUCGUUCGCCUCCUCUCCCCUCCCAUCCCGUCGUUCGCCUCCUCUCUCCUCCCAUCCCGUCGUUUGCCUCCUCUCCCCUCCCAUCCCGUCGUUCGCCUCCUCUCUCUCCUCUUUCUUCCCGUCGCUCCUCCACUCUCCCCUCGCUGGCCGUUGUUCCUCUCUCUCUCCCCAUCGAUUUCAUUCUAUCCGUUGGUGA